GAUGAAGAUAAAAUCUUGGCCAACUUGUCCCCCGAAGAGCUGGCAGAACUGCAAUCGGAAAUGGAAGUCAUGGCCCCUGACCCCAAGCUUCCCGUGGGAAUGAUUCAGAAAGAUCAAACCGACAAGCCACCAACAGGACACUUCGACCAUAAAUCUCUUGUUGAUUAUAUGUAUUGGCAAAAGGCAUCCAGACGCAUGCUGGAAGACGAACGCGUUCCUGUCACCUUUGUGCCAUCCGAGGAAAACACUCAAGAGCAGCUUGAAGAAAGAGACAAAAGUGAUAAAAAGGUAUCCCAGUAUUUAAAAGAAAAGCUCAAUAAUGAAAUUACUUCAAAUAAAAGAGAAUCAAAGGGCAGCGACAUUGUCCAAGAAUCAGAUAAUGAGGAUAAUAAUGAAGAUGAUGACGAUGAUGAUGAUGAAGGAGAAAAUGAGAGUGAAGGGAGUGAUGAAAAAACUAAAAGAGAAGACAAAGGCGAAGUAAAGGAGCAAGUCAGAAAUAGCAAGAACAACUGCCAGCGGGUAACUAGUGAAGCAUUUGAAGAACAGAAAGACAGACAAGAGGCCCAAGAAAAAAGUGAGAAAAAAGUGUCAAAAUUAGAUCCUAAGAAGUUAGCUCUAGAUACCAGUUUUUUGAAAGUAAGUGCAAGGCCUUCAGGAAACCAAACAGACCUAGAUGGGAGCUUGAGGCGAGUUAGACAAAAUGACCCUGACAUGAAGGAACUCAACCUAAACAACAUUGAAAACAUCCCCAAAGAAAUGUUACUGGACUUUGUCAAUGCAAUGAAGAAAAACAAACACAUCAGAACCUUCAGUUUAGCAAAUGUGGGUGCAGAUGAGAAUAUAGCAUUCGCCUUGGCUAACAUGUUGCGUGAAAAUAGGAGUAUCACCACACUCAACAUCGAGUCCAAUUUCAUCACAGGAAAAGGAAUUGUGGCCAUCAUGAGGUGUCUCCAAUUUAAUGAGACACUAACCGAACUUCGGUUUCAUAAUCAAAGGCACAUGUUGGGCCACCACGCUGAAAUGGAAAUAUCCAGGCUUUUGAAGGCAAACAACACUCUCCUGAAGAUGGGCUAUCAUUUUGAGCUUCCAGGUCCCAGAAUGGUGGUAACCAAUCUGCUCACCAGGAAUCAAGAUAAACAAAGGCAGAAAAGACAAGAAGAACAAAAACAGCAGCAACUCAAAGAGCAGAGAAGGUUAAUAGCCAUGUUGGAGAAUGGGUUAGGGCUGCCACCAGGGAUGUGGGAGAUGUUGGGAGGACCAAUGCCAGAUUCCAGAAUGCAGGAGUUCCUCCAACCUCCUCCUCAUCCUCCCAACCCCCAAGCAGUCCCCUUCAGUCGACAAAAUGAAGCGAUGAAAAAGCCAUCACAGCCUCCUAAGUACAGGACGGACCCUGACUCUUUCCGGGUGGUGAAAGUGAAGAGGAUCCAGCGUAAAACUCGGAUACCGGAAGACAGAGAACCACCUGAAAAAACCAACCUCAAAGAUGUGAUCAAAACACUGAAACCAGUGCCGAGAAAUAGGCCACCCCCAUUGGUGGAAAUCACUCCCAGAGAUCAGCUCUUGAACGACAUUCGACACAGCAACGUCGCCUAUCUUAAACCUGUGCAACUGCCAAAAGAACUGGAAUAA